UCCAACCGUUUUGCCGUUUUCCCUCUCUCUCUCUCUCUCUCUCUCUCUCUCUCUCUCUCUCUCUCUCUCUAACUUCUAAAUUUCUAACAUUCCCACCUCUGCCUCUCCUCCAUCUGAGAGUCCCCUUGCAUUUUCAUAGCCUAUUUCUUACCACAUUCUUUAAUAACGGUGCUUUAAUAGUCCUCUUUUUCCUUCACGAUUCGACCGUUCCUAUAUACGCCUACACCUAUACGGCUAUACAUAUAACACAUAUACAUAUACAUUCGCACUAACAUAUUUUUUGCACAAACCCAGAUCAGAUCGGAUCAGAUCUCGAUCCCAUUUCCCAUUCCUGUGUCCAUAUCCCAUUCCCACAUCAAUGGCGACAAUGGAGAGCUUGAUUGGACUGGUUAACAGAAUCCAGAGAGCUUGCACUGUAUUGGGCGAUCAUGGUGGUGAAGGGAUGUCCCUUUGGGAAGCUCUCCCUUCUGUUGCCGUCGUCGGAGGCCAGAGUUCUGGAAAAUCAUCGGUGCUGGAAAGUGUUGUCGGGAGAGAUUUUCUGCCUCGUGGAUCCGGUAUCGUUACUAGGAGGCCAUUGGUGUUACAGCUGCAUAAGAUAGAAGGGGGAACUGAAUAUGCCGAGUUUCUGCAUGCACCAAAGAAGAGAUUUACUGAUUUUGCAUCAGUGCGUAAGGAGAUCGCGGAUGAAACAGACCGUAUUACAGGGAAGUCUAAGCAAAUCUCUAACAUUCCAAUUCACCUGAGCAUUUAUUCUCCAAAUGUUGUAAACUUAACUCUCAUAGAUCUUCCUGGGUUGACAAAGGUUGCUGUGGAGGGACAGUCAGAGUCUAUCGUUGAGGAUAUUGAAAACAUGGUCCGUUCUUAUGUUGAGAAGCCCAAUUGCAUUAUACUGGCCAUUUCUCCUGCUAAUCAAGAUAUUGCCACUUCUGAUGCUAUAAAGCUAGCAAAAGAAGUUGAUCCAACAGGUGAAAGAACAUUUGGAGUGGUAACAAAACUUGAUCUAAUGGACAAGGGCACGAAUGCUCUGGAUGUUCUUGAAGGAAGAUCAUAUAGGCUUCAACAUCCCUGGGUUGGAAUUGUGAACCGUUCACAAGCAGAUAUCAACAAGAAUGUUGACAUGCUUGCUGCUCGUAGAAAGGAGCAGGAGUAUUUUGAAUCUAGCCCUGAGUAUGGGCACUUGUCACACAAAAUGGGUGCCGAGUAUCUAGCGAAACUUUUAUCGAAGCAUUUGGAGACAGUUAUCAGGCAGCGCAUACCAAGCAUUAUUGCAUUAAUCAAUAAGACAAUUGAUGAGCUUAAUGCGGAGUUGGAUCGUAUUGGAAGGCCUGUCGGGGUAGAUGGAGGGGCUCAGCUCUACACGAUUUUGGAAAUGUGUCGAGCAUUUGACAAAGUAUUUAAGGAACACCUGGAUGGAGGGCGGCCAGGUGGAGAUCGGAUAUAUGGGGUUUUUGAUCAUCAACUACCAGCUGCUUUUAAAAAGCUUCCGUUGGAUCGCCAUCUUUCAAUAAACAAUGUCAGAAAAGUAAUAUCAGAGGCAGAUGGCUAUCAGCCUCAUUUGAUUGCUCCUGAACAAGGGUACAGAAGACUCAUCGACGGGUCUCUCGGCUAUUUCAAAGGCCCAGCUGAAGCCUCUGUUGAUGCCGUACACUUCAUUCUCAAAGAACUUGUAAGGAAGUCAAUAGCAGCAACAGAGGAGUUGAAGCGAUUCCCAUCACUUCAAUCUGAUAUAGCAACAUCUGCAAAUGAUUCGUUGGAAAAAUUUCGGGAUGAAAGCCGGAAAACAGUUUUACGGCUUGUUGAGAUGGAGUCCACUUAUUUGACGGUAGAAUUUUUCCGCAAGCUUCAUCUUGAACAAGAGAAGAAUACCAAUGCACCUUCAAACCAGCCAAAUUCAAAUGCAAAUUCAAAUCUGGAUCGGUUCACAGAAAACCAUCUUAGGAGAAUCGGAUCAAAUGUCACAGCUUAUGUUAACAUGGUUUGUGAUACAUUGAGGCUUUCGAUCCCCAAGGCUGUUGUUUAUUGUCAAGUCCUACAGGCCAAGAGAUCUUUGCUCAACCAAUUUUAUGCUAAUGUUGGGAGGAGAGAGAAGGAGCAGCUUGGCAAAAUGUUGGAUGAGGACCCAUCACUGAUGGCAAGAAGAGAGCAAAUAGCUAAGAGGCUCGAGCUUUACAAGUCGGCUAGAGACGAGAUUGAUUCAGUCGCAUGGAAGUGAUUGGUGCCCUACUAUAAAUUGGAAAAGUCUACAAGCACGACAUUCUGCGCACCAAAAUGCACAUCAUGCUAAUGUGGCUCUGUAUAACAAAAUAGCAUCUCAUUCAAUUGCCAAUAAAACUAUGCGACAUGAGCAUGUUGAGUAUAUUUGUUGUCCAAAAUGUUAGUGUUACUAGCAUUAUUACUCUUGAAAAUUAGCAUCCAUAGCUCAAGAUGCUGAUUCCAUAUUCUUUUUCCACCAAAAUAAUCAAAUCCCACAUUGUACACGAGGAGAGUGGAGUUGGGCUUCCAUAUUUGCCCUUUUGGUCUCACCAGUGGUUUUGCUUUUAUACUACCGUUGUUGGAAUCUUGAUUUGUUUGGGAGAAGGCUAUGGUCUACACGGUUUGUAUUGUACAAUAGAAUCGAUACUUUUUACAUGUUACACAUUUUUUUUUGGGUGUAUUACAAUUGAGUGUAUACAGAAGAAAAAAAAUGAAGUUAUGUUUGUUUUGGUAA